GCCUGCCCAGGCUUGCCAGAUCUAGAGACGCGUUCUCCGGAGCGCACGCGCUACCGAAUCCUUAUUCGGUCCUCGAUCCAGAACUCAUCUCUCGAGGAACUUCGUGCUCCAGCCGGCUCCGAUUUUCGUAAAAACAUACAGUUUUAUCCACUUAUCUUGUGGAUCUCAGCAACGAUAAGCCUGAAUGCGCGGCCGAUAAUGGCGCAAAACAAUGCCAACGACCCUCCUGCAACAGAUGACUGCGGGCCUGGAUUCCUCACGAAGUGUGAGCAUGAACUCAACUGUGGGAAGCGCGGACGCCGGCCAUGAAUGGACCCACUGAGGUAUCCGUUGCGAAAGUUCUGGUUCGAAGGCGGUAAUAAGGCGGGGGAUCAAAUUCCGCAACAUUGAAGACGAAACACAGAUUUUAAGAACAUGUUGAAGUCAAAUUGCGUGAGGAUUAGAGCACAGGAUCUCAGCUUCAAAUUCCAAGCCCCUGAAUAAAAGACCGCGUGUACGCUGAUUUGCCUAUGAGA